AUGGCCUCGCCAAACGCAGGACAAGUCUUUCGCAUCAACCUUGACCGCUCAAGACUGUCGAGAAACCGGACAGUGCAGGCAUGCCAACAAUGCCGGUCCAGGAAGAUCAAGUGCGAUCGGUCCAAGCCAGUGUGCCAAAGCUGCGCCUUGCAUCAUCGGGGGUGCUCCUAUUCAUCCGGACCCGACGCUGAGACAGGGCGCGUUGAUCCUCCGUCGACAGAGCAGCCCGAACAGACCGUGGAAAUCAAACAACAAGGCCAUCUUGAAGUUUCUGGCGGAUCACAGAUUCGUUAUUAUUCAAGCUCAUCCUGGGUAGCAGCAGUCGAGGAGCAUGCGAGAUCAUCACAGAUGAGUUUUCUUAAUCAAAUACCGCAGUCAUCAGGACUGCCGACCGAGGUCAAGAAUUUUGUGCACCACCCAGACGUGGACCGGCUGAUCUCUUGGUAUGCACAAUACUGUCACUUUUGGUACCCCGUCAUCGAUAUUCUCGAGCUUAUGACCUCCCUUGAACAUUCACGAGCCUAUAAUGCUGCGCCUCCAGGCGCUUUGGCCCUAAUCGCGGCCAUCUGCUAUACCGCGGCCUGUUCAGCAACGGCCGCAGGGGACAUGGAAGCACAGAGCUGUAUACCCUUUCCGUCGUGGGGAACGCUGGCACAGCAGAUGCUCUAUGCCUCGGGCUAUCCGCGUGGUCCCAACUUGAAUACCAUCUGUGCAGCGUUCCUUCUUGCUGCUCCCAGCAUGGCAGAGAAUGGCUUUGCUCCUGAUCCAGGUCCAGUCUGUGUCCUUGUACGAGCUGCCCAGUCUCUUGGGCUGCAUCGUGAUCCGUGUUCCUUCCAAUUGACGUCGUCGGAAAUGGAGUUGAGACGGGUUCUCUGGUGGUCAAUUCAUGCAUUGGACAUGUCGUACGCGAUAGCUCAUGCACUUCCACCUUUGCUUCAUCCAGCAACUUAUGAUGUCCAGGUCAUUGUGGACGGAGGCCAAGCGGACCGCAGAAUGGUAACUACGAUAGCUAGGGUAAACCUCAUUCUCUCACGAACUUUACAUGAUAUCUACGGCAUACAUCAGCCAACCCGGCAGAGAAUCCAAGUCUUGGAUGAAGAAGUUGAAAUUCUAUGCGCAGAAGAAGUGUCAAAAUCACAUCAGGUCCCGGCAACGGCACGUGAAAGGUUUAUUUCAGCCAGCCAAAGAAUGUGCUGUUGGAAAGUAGCUUUUAUCCUUCAUCAGCCCUAUCUGCGAUCUCUACAAUGGCCACAGGACUCGAGGAGAAAGACACUACAUGCAUGCCGGGAAUACAUAACUCUCUUUUUGGCCAGUGCCGCAGACUCGACCCUUGCCCCGUACAGAUGGGUCCUCGAACAUUUCAAUGUCCACCAUGCCUGCGCUAUAGUCCUGCAAGACCUCAUCCAGCACCCAAGCUCUGCCGAGAGUGAAUCUCUCCGUUCCUUGGUACAGACCUGUUUUUCGACUUUCUCCGCGGAUUCUCACCCCCAUUGGACAAGGCUUGAUGCGCUUCGUUCCAAGGCGUGGGCUGCAAACCAAUGGAUAUCCAGUCGAGAAGCAACGGUGGACGACACAGUGGUGGAUGCAAGCCUUUCAGACUGGGAUCGUCUUUACGCCUCCUUUAUCUGGAAUGAUCUGCUGCUGCCAUGA